AGUAGAUAAACUGUCGUCAACAAUAACACCUUUAGUAUCGCAUGCUAGUAUCGUAUGUAUAGUGUUUUUAUCGUUUUGUACGUAUUACUCUGUACCAUACAUCCUACUGGAUCAUUGGAUACCGCAUGAGGUAUUUUGUAUGGUUGCUGUAUAUAAACCUACCAUAGAGUACUACAACGUUUACAAGGCUACAAAAUACACUGCUUAUGGACCAUCAUUGAUGGAGUGGGUACCAACAGCGCUGAUAUCUGGAAGCCUUAUCAAGACUAGCGGCAAAAUUAUGGAAAUCAAUAAUUUAGGAGUGAGUUGAUACGCUAUGCAGCACGUGAACAGGUAUUACCGUAUAGUGGGAACACCAUCAAGGAAAUCAAGCUAAAUGGCAGAGCAACAGAUCACCAGGUUCAUGUGUUGUCUGUUUGGACUAAUCACAGUAGUGGCGUUCCUGUGGCUUGCACGAAAAGUUCAAAAUGUGGAAGACAUGGUAGCAUCCCUAUCUACCGGAUCGAACGCCUCUCCAAGCAGACCUACUAACUCGAUGGACUGGAAGGCAAUCAGCGCUGACCAAGAAACGGACAACGUGCCUGCCAAUCCGAAUACAGCAAGCAUGCAACCCCAUAUUUACCUGAGAAGGCAAGCUGAUGCAGCUACAACUGGUCUAGCCUCUCAUCGAUUAAAAGGUGAACGUGGACCGCACAAGCUACGUGACAUGAAAGCUGUUCACGGCAGAAAAGCAAAACGAUCCACAGAUUAUGAAUAUUACACAUACGCACAGAAAUGCUCGUGCAAUAAAGGCGAGAAAGGAUCUAAAGGAGACCGUGGACGCCACGGGGAAGAAGGCUUCCCAGGACCAAGAGGACAGAAUGGGCACAGAGGACGUACAGGUUUAAAAGGUGACAAGGGAGAUACCGCAGUGGUGCAGAUAACCCCUAAGCAUCCUACUUCAGCAAGUGACUGCUUGAUUCACCUCAGUGAAGCAGCUGUCAGCGUCCAAAGAAAAGAGCGUCUUCAGUGGAAUACCAACAGUGACCGGUCACUAGAUAUUGUGUUUCCCUCAAGCAAUCAGUCAUGCCUGAAACUCGACCCAGACACAAGAACAGAAAUUGAAGUGGGAAGAGCUGGCAUAUACUACGUCUAUACUGCAGUCAAGAUUUCCAUAAUACCCAAUCCUACAGAAGACUACGUCGGAUGCACAAUCAACACACAGACCAACACACAGACCGCACACAUUGCAGAGGUGUAUGUUCCUUUCAAUAAAACAAACUGGCAGGAACAACAAAGAAAAAGAUUCAAAUUUGACGAGACCAUGUCUACCGGCAGACUCGUUAAGUUGGUCAAAGGCAGCAAACUCUGGGUGUACUGCAGCACCUCAGUUGAGAUAAAGCCUGACGUCACUUAUUUCGGUAUGUACAUUGUCUCUCCCAUCCCAUGAUACUCAGCCACUCAUGUAAAGGAGUACUGGGACCAAUUGAUCAUCGUUUGUACGUUUGCAAUUGAAUUAGCUAAGCGGAUGAAAACGAUUGGCCGUUCAAAGCAUUGCCUAAUCUAUCGUUCUCAUACAUAUGCCCUAGCCCCGAUGUGCACAGGAAGACUGCUCAUUACUGUUUACUAGUGGAAGACUCUCAUUGGACGCCAUAUUGUUUAUCGUAUUCAAUGAAAUUUUUGUUCAUAGCAUGACCGCAUGGAACCAUGCUGGUUUCUAAAGAAAGAUCAUUUCAUUGCGCACUGAAACUACAAUAUUAUCUUUCGAUUUUGGUUUUCAUUUGUCACCAAUCCAACUAUGCAGCGCC